CGGCGCCGGACCCCGCCACCAUCAUGGCCAGUCCCAGAACCAGGAAAGUUCUCAAGGACGUGCGCGUACAAGAUGACAACAACGUGUGUUUCGAGUGCGGUGCCUUCAGCCCUCAGUGGGUGAGCGUCACCUACGGCAUUUGGAUCUGCCUGGAGUGCUCGGGGAAGCACCGUGGACUCGGGGUGCACCUCAGCUUUGUGCGCUCAGUCACCAUGGACAAGUGGAAGGACAUCGAGCUGGAGAAGAUGAAGGUGGGUGGGAACGCCAAGUUUCGAGCCUUCCUGGAGGCGCAGGAGGACUACGACCCCUGCUGGUCCCUGCAGGACAAGUACAGCAGCAAGGCCGCCGCCCUCUUCCGGGACCAGGUGGCCACGUUGGCUGAAGGGAAAGAGUGGUGCCUGGAGACAUCCCCUGCCCAGAACUGGACCCCGCCCCAGCCCAAGACGCGGCCUGCCUCCGUCCCCCGCGUCUCUGGGCAGCCCCCAAGCAGCACUGCUUCCUCUGACAAGGCCUUUGAGGACUGGCUGAGCGAGGACCUGGGCUCCUACCAGGGGGCCCCGGAGAAGCGCUACGUGGGCUUUGGGAACACAGUGCCGCCAGCCCAGAAAGAGGGUGAUUUCCUCAACCACGCCAUGUCGUCACUGUGCUCGGGCUGGAGCAGUUUCACCUCGGGAGCCAGCAGGUUUGCUUCGGCCGCCAAGGAGGGUGCCACCAAGUUUGGAAGCCAGGCCACCCAGAAGUUCUGGGGCUCCAAGCAGCAGCCAGAGCUGGCAUCCGAGCUGGGCCAGAGUCUGAGUGAGAACGUUCUCAAGCCGGCCCAGGAGAAGGUGCAGGACGUUGGCAGCCGGGGCUGGCGAGAUGUCACCUCCUUCUUCUCUGGCAGGGCAGAGGACGACCUGGACAGGCCCCCGGAGGGCCAGAGCUACCAGAACAGCGCGGGGGACAGCUACCAGAACAGCGCCAUCGACCAGAGCUUCUGGGACAGCUUCGGCGGCGCCGAGCCUGGCCGGGCGCGCCAGUCCCCGAGCAGCGACAGCUGGACCUGCGCGGACGUGUCCGCCGAGAAGAAGAGCUCCGACAGCUGGGACGUGUGGGGGUCGGCGUCCAACAACAGGAGCAGCGACCUCAGCGACGGCGGCGGCGGCGAGGGCCGGACCCCCGCCCCCAGGAAGGCGGCCCCCACCUUGGCAGACGAUGGCUGGGAUGUCCAGGACUGGUAGCCGCGCGGCCCGCCCGCCUGGCCCCGCCCCGCCCCG